CUGCCUUCCCACCAUCUGAGACUGCGUCUACGGUAGAGGAAGAGUUAGCCCCGUCUCAAUAAAAGCGCGAACGAUACACCGUGAAUAUCAGGAAAGGACACAACACUAUUUUUGAAGCUUGAACCCGAAAUCAUUCCGACUCAAUUCCAUCCAUGAACCACGUUAUCAGGCUACCCAUUCUUGCCUCAUUCCCUUUCCUUCAUGGUUCUCAAAUCGCUCAUCUGUAUUUAUCUUGGACUCUGUGGUCUGGAACUUGCAUUUGGUGGGCUCAUCGUGUCUACGACUUCUGGGAAAAUCGCAGGCUAUGUGGACAGAUCGGUUCCUGGAGUCAAUGUCCCUUUGAAAAAGUGGUUGGGGAUUCGAUAUGCAGCUGACACGUCGUUCGAGAAUCGAUGGAGGCCACCACAACCGGUCUUGGAAAUUGACAAAGUUUAUAAUGCAACAGCAUAUGGGCCAGCAUGUCUUCAGGGAAGGAUUGAUGGUGGAAAUGGAACAUCAGUUCAGAGCGAGGACUGCUUGAGAAUAAAUAUCAUUGCACCGCCUGAUGCUCAUAAGUUGCCCGUUUACAUCUAUUCCCACGGCGGAGGAUUUGACAGUGGUGCCUCAUCGGACCCAAAGAUUGACGGGUCGUAUCAGGCUGCGAAGGGUAUCAUCUUCGCAAGCUAUAACUAUCGACUUUCCCUGUUCGGAUAUCCUCAUGCACUCGAGAUAGCGGAAGCUGGGACGACACAGAACUUCGGUCUUCUGGACACUCGUGCAGCUGUGGAAUGGGUGCGCGAUAACAUCGAAAAAUUUGGCGGUGAUCCUGCAAAGAUAGUUUUGGGAGGGGAGUCUGUUGGGGCCGAAAUGACCAACCAGUACCUAUCUGCAUUCCCAAACGAUCCCAUAAUUCGGGGUGCCAUUAUGCAAAGUGCUGAUACUUCACAGCCUAUGUGGGCUCCGAAUAACCAGCUAUCUACUAUCGCGAGUAAUUUGAGCUGUCCCAUUGGCCAGGGGGAGCUAAGCUGCCUGCGUAAAAUUUCUGGGGGGGAACUGCAGCGAGUUUUGUUGGCUACGGGAACGCAGUUCCAACCUGUUAUAGACAACAUCACGAUCUUUAAAGACUAUGUCAAACAAACCCGGGAACGACGAACUGCUCAAGUCCCUGUUCUGAUUGGUACCAACAAGGAUGAAGGAACCCUCAUCGUAGAAGGAGAACCAACAGCGUAUCUAUCCGAUAUCACCCAAUACAGCAAAAGCAACAAUAUCAAUUUCCCAUUUGCCAACCUUUCCGCCCUUCAAUUCCUCUACCCCGUCCCCUCAACUGCAUUCCCAACCGCCUACAACGCUUCAGCAGCCAUGUGGCGGGAUGCUCACAUGCUCUGUCUCGCAAGCAAUCUAGCCCAUUGGAGGACGACAGCCUUACAUCUCCCUGUCUGGCGAUACCGAUUCGAUCUCGUUGCUAGCAACCUCAACUCUAGAGGAAUUCGAAUCGGGACAUUUCAUGGAUCUGAUAUUCGUUUUGUGAUGGGUACUUGGAGGACAAUUGUCUUGUCGCCCCCAUUUAUGGAAGCUACUCCCGAGGAAAUUGGAAUAUCUGAUUUGAUGAUGGAGGCUUGGGUCAAUUUUAUCAAGGAUCCUAACAUUGGGCCUCGUAUUCCGGGAUGGCAAAAGUACGAUCCUAACGAUACCAAAACGCUGGCGAUAUUGGGCAAGUCGACUUCUAUGGCAGAAGCAGGAGAUCAUUUUGUUAUCGACGCACCUUGCGCGUACUGGAACACGAUAUUGCCUAUAUAUCCUCAGACUUUCCCUAACUGCGGGUCCUGGACGUGUUGAUCCACCUCAAGCAUAGCUUUAGUUUAGUACAAUA